AUCCCCGGCAGGCAGGCAGGCAGGGGCCGGGCCGAGGCGCGCGCCGCCGGCCCCACAGCCGCAGCCCUCCCGGCCCCGGCCCGACCCGGCGGGAGCCGCGCAGCAUGAGGCGGCGGCGGCGGCUGGCGCAGCUGGUGCUCUUCUGCCCCCUCUCCGGGGCCCUGCAGAGCCGUCUUCCUGGAAUCAAGGUGAAAUACCUUUUCCUCGCCUGGCUGGGCAUUUUUGUGGGCAGCUGGGUGGUCUACAUGCAUUACUCUUCUUACUCUGAACUCUGCAGAGGACACGUCUGCCAGAUGAUCAUUUGUGACCAGUAUAACAAAGGGAUAAUUUCUGGGUCAACGUGCAAAGACCUAUGUGAGGACCACACUCUGGUGUUCCAGCAGUGCCUGUCAUCCUCCCCCACCCACCAGGUGUACAGCGGACUCUGGAAGGAGAAGGAAGUGGUCAUUAAGUGUGGCAUUGCUGAGGUGCUGAAGGUCGACGGCAGUCCAGAUGCCGCUCCCAGGAGAGACGUGGUUCUCUUUGACAAGCCAACAAGAGGGACCUCGAUGGAUGAAUUCCGAGACAUGCUCUUGAAUUUCUUAAAAUCCAACCUGGGAGACCAGCCUUCUCUUGGAGUCUUAGUGGAUAAAAUCAUAACUGUGGCAGACGUCAGCCAGGAUGGCAAAUUAUCUCUGGCAGAGGCCCGAUCCAUCUGGGCCCUGCUGCAGCUGAAUGACUUUCUCCUCACCCUGUCUUUGCAUGAGAAAGAACACACCUCCAAACUGUUUGGGCAUUGUGGGGACUUGUACAUCACUGAGAAAAUCACCCACACUUCCUUCUACAGCGUGGACACUCCCCAGUUUCUGCAGCCGCUCUUGCCUUCUGCUGUCCAGACGGUUAUUCACCAGUGGUUCUCCCCAGCGUGGCCACGGCGAGCCAAAAUUGCCAUAGGCCUUUUGGAAUUUGUGGAAGAGAUAUUCCAUGGCACCUAUGGGAACUUCUACAUUUGUGAGACUGGCUUCAGGAACAUGGGCUACAACAACAAGUAUGACUUCAAGGUAGUUGACUUGAGGAAGGUGGCGACAGAGAUGACAAUGCAGCGGUUCCUCAAAGGCCGCCACUGUGAGCAGAACACGGAUUGUACCUAUGGGAAGGACUGCGUGGCCCCCUGUGACAAGCUCAUGAAGCAGUGCAAGAGUGACAUGGUCCAGCCCAACCUGGCGAAGGUGUGCGGACUGCUCCAGGAGUUCUUGCUCCACGGAGUGCCCCUGGGCUUGAAGGAAGAGCUGCAGAAGCAGCUGAAAACUUGUACCACCCUUAGUGGCUUGGCAAGCCAGAUGGAAGUCCAUCAUUCACUCGUGCUGAGCAGUCUCAAGACGCUGCUGUGGGAAAAAAUUUCAAAUACCAAAUAUUCCUAGUGGGGAGGGACGAGUACUUCAGAAAGGGCAAACGCCACCAGAAAGCACCAGGGCUAAUCUCGUUCUCCCUCCUAAGCAAAAUGACCAUCAUUGCUCAUUAGGCCUGUGAAACAAUCACAGGGUAGGAAUGUUGUUACAGAGCACAGCUGGGGAGCUUGCGAGCACCGGAAGACUCGGGUCAGGUGAAAAGGACAAGGAACCUGCUGAUGAGAGGCCCUCCUCUGAAUUGAGGGGCCACUAGCAACAGUGUUGCUGUGUUGCUUGCAGCUUAACUUGAACACUUUUCACGUAAAUAAAACAGUGUUUCUCAUUGGUCCCUGUACAGAGGUGACUGAGAUCCUUUUGGAACCUCUUUGCAGAACCUGAGUGUCACAUUCAGCUCACAGGAAAAGAACUACAAAUAUAUUCAGCACCAUUUCAGAUUUGUCAACAGUUUACUUAGAAUUAUUCCAGGAUGACCAGUGAUUAAAAGCCUGCCUUGUUUGACCC